GUGAGUCUCACCCUUGCAAGACUAGCUCGAUUUAAAAUUUAAGUAAGAGUAAAUGUCUUUCGUCUGCCCAUUACAUCCAGAACGUUAAACCGACCUGUAAAGUCUAGUUUAUUAUACGGACGAGUGUUUCGACCUCGUUUGCGCGACAAGAAUGGACCAGAAGGAGAAGGCUAAUCUGCUACGUGCUACUUUAGCUAACAGCAGCCAGGCCUCCUCAUUCACGCCGCAAAAACACUCCGAGGAGGUGAGACAGAUACUGAUUUCCAUCGAAGCUAAACUGACCGGGAUGGACGGAAGAUUAUCGCUCAUAGAAAUAUUGUACCAGGAGUUUCAGGCGCUACGUGAGAGUCUGGAGUCUGUCAGCAAACACAGUAAAUCUCUGCAGGACUCCGUCAGCGCGAUCAACAACAAACUGACAGUGGUCACGCUGGAAAACCAGCAGAUGAAGGAGAAUAUUCUGGAACUACAAGCACGCGGUGUGAGAGACAGUUUUGUGUUUUCUGGGCUUAAAGAACGUACGAUCGAGGACCCUGAAAAAACUUUGAAGGAGUUUAUAAUUGAAGAAUCUGAACUGCCAACAGACAACGUGGACAAGAUCACGUUUAACUGUGUUGACAGGCUCGGAACAGGGAUACUGCAGGACACUCAUCCACCAAACAGCGAACCAAAAUUUCAACAUUAUGAGGAAAACGUUUUGGUCCAAAGCCAUCUGAAGGGGGCGGGUUUUGGACAGGACAGCCAAUUCCCACCCGAAAUCCUGGAAGGAGGCAGGAACCUUUUCCCAGUCACCAAAGAAACUCGAAAUGAAGAUGUGCAGCAGGUGUUGGCGGAUAAAGGAGGAGUUUCCGAUGAACAGCAGGAGUGGUUUUCUAGCUUGGCCCAGGAGUCCCCCCAGAUUAAAGAAGAAGAGGAGAUCACUGACAGUCCUGAGUUCCUGUUGGCAUCUGUCCCAGUGAAGAGUGAAAAUGAACAGAAUCCUCGGUUCUCACAGCUUCACCAAAACCAAACAGAUGAGAAUGUGGAGGUGGAGCCUCGAUCCAAGAGAUCAACUGAACAUAAAACCAGUGGACCACAACAAUACAAGAGUCCGCAAGACACUAGUUCUUUCACUCCAGAGUGUCCUGAAAGUGAUAACACUGGUGACUGGGAAGACACCAGAGAAUGCCAGUCAUUUUUAAAUUUUCUGGAAAAUAAUGUUCCUGCUGCUGCACAAUAUAACAGGUUCAACGUUGGAGAGAAACUGCUGUGUUGCCCUCAAUGCAGUAAAACAUUUAAAUUCAACAGUGAACUGUUAAGACACAUCACAACGCAUACAGGAGAGAAACCAUUUUGCUGUUCGGAGUGUGGAAAAAGAUUUGGAUCCAAGGGUACACUAAGAAAACACAGCAAAAUUCACACAGGAGAGAGACCUUUUAGCUGUUCUCAGUGUGGGAAAAGGUUCCAUACAAAUAACAGUCUAAUGAGACACAUGAGGGUUCAUAGUGGACACAGGCCAUUUCACUGCUUGGAGUGUGGGAAAACCUUCAGAUUCAGUCACCAUCUGAAGCAACACACAAGAAUUCACACAGGAGAAAAACCAUAUAAAUGCAUAAUUUGUGGUAAAAGAUGUGCUCAGACAUCAUCAUUAAAGUACCACAUGAGAUAUCAUAUGGGACCUGCUCAGUUUCGGUAAUGUGUUUUGGGUAUAAAGGAGAUGUUGUAAAAAGAAAAACAUGGCAGUUCGCAAAUGUUCCAAUGCAGUUUUUAUACAUAGGAGAAAAUACAACACAAAAAUUUGGGAGUGACAAAUCAGCAGACUGUUGAGGUAGCAGCCACAGCUGUUGGAUCAUCGUUAAGCUCAGCUGCUCAUGUCGUUCUUUGGGUUUGAGUUCACACCUGUGUACUGAUCAUAAACUCACUGGCUUCAAACCAUAUGCAGUGACAAGCCCAAACAUUCUGUGCUGUUUGUUUUGAUGACAGUAAUGGCACCUUCACACAUAAUACAAAGUUGGGCGAAA